AUGAACAACCCGACGGGGCUGGUCUACUUUCGUGGCAGCUAUCACGUCUUCUACCAGUAUCACCCCUACAGCUCCACGUGGGGCCCAAUGCACUGGGGCCACUUCACAAGCGAGGACCUCGUGCACUGGAAGCGCGAAAAGACUGCCCUGGCGCCAGGCGACGCGUGCGAUCGCGACGGAUGCUUCUCUGGCAGCGCCAUCGUACACGAAGAUAAAAUGUACAUUGUCUACACGGGGAACUUUGCACUUGACAAGGCGAUGCCAAACAAACCGGAUGCUAUCUAUGAGCAGCAGUGCGUCGCUGUCAGCAGCGAUGGCGUGAACUUUGAGAAGCUCGGCGUUGUCGUGCGCCCGCCACCGGGGUACGUGCACUUCCGUGACCCGAAGGUGUGGCAGCAGGACGGGCGGUGGUGGAUGGUGUGCGGUGCCCGAGACGUGACGAAGGACCUUGGCCAGCUGCUUCUCUUCACCACGCAGGACCUCCUUUGCUGGGACGACACGAACUGGCAGGUGCUAGGGAUGACGGAGGACAAGAACGUGUUCAUGUGGGAGUGCCCCGACUUCUUUACGAUCGGAAAUCACCAGGAUAUGAAGCUACUGCUAUUUUGUCCUCAAGGAAAGAAGGCCAGCAAGUACAACUACCGCAAUCGCUUCCAGAAUGGGUAUACCAUCGGGCAAUGGAUGCCUGGAAUGCCGUGGACGGUGCAGCAGGAGUUCCGUGAGCUUGACAGAGGCCAUGACUUCUACGCGCCGCAGACGUUCCUCGCCGCCGAUAGCGAGAGGCGUCUGGUGAUUGCGUGGUGCAACAUGUGGGAGAGCCCCAUGCCGACGCGCGAGCACGGUUGGAGCGGCUGCUUGACACUGCCGCGAGAGCUACGCUACAACGCGGCAACAGGACAGCUCCAAAUGCUGCCAGCGCAGGAGCUGGUCGGCCUGCGUACAUCGGAGGGGACAACUCUGCCUCAUCUUCUUGUAGGAAGCAACAACGAUGCGCUCAUUAUCGAGGAAUGCACUGCCUACGAGCUAGAUAUCGCCUUCAACACGGAGACGAGCACGGCGGAGAAGUACGGGCUGUGGCUCGGCUCGGGGGCGGAGCUGUACGUGGACGCGCAGUCGAAGCGGCUGGUGCUGAACCGCCACUACCCGCAGUACAUGCUGAGCGGGUAUCGCUCCUGCGAGAUGCCGGCAGGUGUGCUUCUGCAGCUGCACGUGUUCAUUGACCGCUCGUCGAUUGAGGUGUUCGUGAACAACGGCGAGGUCACUUUCUCUUCCCGCGUCUUCCCCGAGGAGGGCGACCGGGCACUGCGCGUCUUCUCGGUGAACGGGGUUGCGGACAUGGCGGGCGGUACCAUGUGGAAGCUCGAGACGACGGUGAAGCACUGA